CGCUCACAGACGGUGCGCACGCGCCGCUCAUUUGGCAAAGUUUGACGCCCCAACUUUCAUAGUGCAGAUGCAUUAGAAACUGGAAAACUAUGCGGGAUAUUUCUCAGUGGCAGAAUAGAUUUUUUUUUUAGUUGUUCCACAGAGAUAAGAAGUCCGGCGCCUACAGUCUCCAGUCUGACCGUGAGCGUGGCUAUAUUACCCUCCACCUGCGCUGAGCUGUUUCAGAGUUUUGCACUUGGUACGACUGUGCGCGCAUAACUUUUUAAAGAAAGCAAAGACUUCCAUAUUUUUUGGCACUUUGGAGCAAGACGGGACACAGAGUGCGCCAGACUUCAAGCGUUGGAAUCAACAAGUGAUUCCAAUUUAGGGGUAAAGGAGAGAGCUACUCAAAGCUUGGAAACGUUAAUGGAAAGCUUUAGAUAACUUUUGAAGUACAUCAUUUUUCGCUUAAGCCACUAGAAGGUGAAGAGGACAUUUACUCAUUUUUACCGCUGUCGUUUUUUUUAACCUAGCAUCAUUCUCAGCACCAUGAGAGGACCGGUGUUUUUCCACAUGUGGACGGUUCUAAUUUUGGGAACUUUAACAGGGGUCGUGAGGGCUCAGGUCUCUACGGCCAAAGUGAUGAGGGGCAACAACAGAAGAGACGACUUGUACCACAAGGAGGAAAACAUCACAGUAACGCCACAGGGUGGAGUCAUCCACAGCCCACGCUACCCCAACGCUUACCCUCGCAACCUGCUGUUGUCAUGGAAACUGCUGUCACCACCAGGGAGCCGCAUACACCUGGAGUUUGACGGACACUUUGGACUGGAGGAGGCUGAGAAUGGAAUGUGCAGGUAUGACUUUGUUGAAGUGGAGGACCAAUCGGAGACCAGCACUAUAAUUUGGGGUCGGUGGUGCGGGCAGAAGGCACCACCCAGUCUAAACUCGAAAACCAACAAGCUCAAAGUCACUUUCAAGUCUGAUGAUUACUUUGUUGCAAGGCCAGGAUUUAAAAUCUACUACUCAUUGCUGUAUGAGUCUCCUUUACCUGCAUCGAACACCAACUGGGAGGCUGUCUCCGUGCCCAUGUCGGACAGUGGUGGCGGGAAGGUGUCAGCGGCGGUCUCAGAGCAGACGCCUUUUUCACUCGAUGAUUUAGACAGAACCAUAGCUGCCUUUGACACUGUGGAGCAGCUUCUCAGAUCCCUCAACCCAAACACAUGGAGACAGGACCUGGACAGCAUCUACACUCAAACACACAUACAUUACAGAUCCAGGGCCUAUCACCUGGCAGGCAGACAUAAUAAAGUUGAUCUGAACCGGCUUCACAAUGAUGUCAAGUGGUACAGCUGUACUCCUCGCAACUACUCUGUGAACUUGCGAGAAGAGCUGAAGACCACCAACGCCGUCUUUUUCCCUCGAUGUCUGCUGGUGAAACGCUGCGGGGGCAACUGUGGCUGUGGCACUACUAACUGGAAUAAUGGUUGUACCUGUCAGGCCUCCAAAACAACGCUCAAACUGCACGAGGUGCUGAAGUACGCUCCAGACCCCAUUCGGUAUCAGCGCCAUCAGAGUCCAAAGGUUCGCUGGGUCAUUGAUGAAAUUUUCCUCUCACAUCAUGAACAGUGUGAGUGCGCGUGUCCCUCCCAGCCCCCUCGCUGAGGCGGACACAUCUGGAACUGUUAGACGAGUUGUCCUUUCUAUCUAUUUUGCAAUGGACUUCAUAUAAUAAUAGCACCGCUGACAAACAUGCAGCAAAGAAGAAGGUAACAAUUGACUUGUAAACUGCAGCUCGCGUCAUGACUUACCUUUCCUCUGUCUAUGGGUCAAACCUGUAAAUCCUGUAAAUGCAACUCCCAUCCCAAUGUUUGCUAUUUACCAUUCCUGCAACUUGGUAUUUCUGUCUUCACUGUUCGUGCUGCAUUUAAACAUUACAUGUAUGGUAUGAGUGUUAAUGUCUUCCAAAGAAAUUCCCAUUAAAGUCAAUCCAAUUUCUUUCCUCCCAAAUUUUAAAACCGUCGUUGUUGUAAACUUAAAUUUACAUUUUGAUGAAAGGAUUGUAAGGGAGGCCAGCCUGAUUGAACUGAACCUGAAUUUUUCUCCAAGGCCUAGAAAAGAAGUCUUUUGCUUUUAUUUCACAUGUUUUGUUGCAUUUUUUGUGUUAAAAUAAGACUGUUUCUAGAAACUUCAGGCAACUGCCAGGAGCAUGCUGAGAUGAGUGAGUGUGAAACAGAAGGGGAGAGAGGGGGGGAGGGCGGGAUGGGCUGAAGGAAGUUUACACAAAAAUAACACUUUAUCUUGAUAUGAACUACAACCUCCAGGCUAACUACAGCCCUCCACAUUAACACAUUUACAUGCACACACAUCCACUCCAGGCUUCCAAAACCCCAAACACUGUAGUUAUUUAUACAGGAUCCUGAGGCUUCUUCUACUUUGUCUGGAUAUCAUCCUCCUCGUUAUCUGUCCGUCCAUCCACACAGCUCAUGCAUCUUUCUUUUCUUUCUCUCUCGCUGCCUCCGACUCGAACACAUCAAAGAAAAUGUCAGAUCCGGCUCCUGCACUGUGCCCAAUUUUCCAAGCAUUCCUGGCAUUCCAGCUGCUAAGCGGAAUUCUGCUAACGCGGAUAAAACCGCGACACUUAGACCCUGAACGCACAGCAGAGGAUAGAGAGAGGGAAACAGGAAGUUUAUAGGAGAGGAGGCUGAUGGAAAAGGGGAAAUCGAGCCUUCUAUUUGUAGAUCACCAGCACGUCGGGAUGAGAGGAGAGCGAUGCUUUUAUGAUAGAUUCACAUUUUUUCUUCUAUUUUCUAAAUGCUCAUGUGUGUCACAGUCUCACACACGGCUCUGUAAGUUUGCAGAGAUCUGUGGGAAUUACCGUGAGCGAUGUUCUUGAUCUCUGCUCAUAACACAAGCAGCACUUGAGUGUGUGUAUGCGUGUCAGUCCCCCUGUAGCAGCGCAGGAAGAGGUCCUUUUGUUUAAAGGGUGGAGGGUUACCAACAGUCUGUAAGAGCUGGCAGCGGAUCCAAGCAUGUGAAUGCUCACCAUGUGACUGUGUGUGCAUGUGUGUGUGUAGCUGUCGGUUUAAUAGAGAGUCAAAGCAGCAAAGCUAGACAUUAAAUGAAAUGCUCACCAUUGUAACACUGAAUUAUUAUUAAUAAAUGACAAAUCUGGGUAAGUUUAGGUAGAAUGACAGAUUUCUAAGGCGCUCUGCUGGUAAAGUGUACAGGUGUAUGUAGAAGGGACUAGAAGUGACUACAGAUACUUUACACAACAAACAUCUGGCCGUAAAUUAUGAUUUUUUUAAACAAAAGCCAAAUCAUCUCUUAGUGGCUAAUAUAUAUUUUUUAAUUUCUAUGUGUUGUUUCAUUGUUAGACUUUUGGUACACUCAGAAAAUUGUUUUUCCUAUCGAUUCUCAUUGGGUUCUCAUUGACUCCGCUUAGAGUCAUCACCAUCACUAAUCAGCAUAUCAGAGACAUUCUGCAAGUUAAAUUCAUGCUGUGUGUUCAACUGAGGUAUUUCCCCACUGUUGUCAUUGUGUUGGGGUCAUUACUCAGAAAGUAAUGUUUACACAUAUUACACAAAACACUUCUUAAAA